CCUACAUACAGCCCCAGCCUUGUUGAUGGUAACGCUUACCGAAGAGUCUGGUGCGGCGGUGUGCGGCGGUUACUUCAACUUUGAAAUCAACUCUGUAUCCGACCGCCUUUGACCGGUUGCUUUGUGCCUUCAGCAUAUGAGUUUCUUGACGGCUCACAGCUGCCCGUCGACCCGGCAGCUCUACUGUCCACCCCACCUGCCAUUGGCGAUCCAGGCCACCCUGAAGGCCGCAUCCAGGUCAACGGGGCUUUGGGCCGCCAUGCUGGAAGGUUUGCUGCCUGCGCUGACGGCCGUGCGUCGAGCCAUUACUGCGUCCCUGCAGGAUGAGGCAACCAGCGCGUCUUUGGGCGAUGCCACAUUUAAGCGCUUUGCCCGUGAGUGGAUUGAGCACGAGGCACUGCGCUUGGGAUGCGACCAGGGCUACUGGGAGCGAAAUCUCAACAGCAUUGCUGGAAGGCAUUUGCAGGAUGAGCUUCCGAUGCUCGGUCUCCCUUUGGGACUUUGCCCCACCUGUUGCCUCCAUGGCCACUGGCGCCUGCGUGUGGUGAUCCUUCGGAACCCCUUUUCGCGCCUCGCGAGCUACUGGGGAGACUGGCGGAAGCGCAAAGGGAAGCAGUUGGCGCCAGAGAUGACGUUUGAGGUGUGGCUCUCCGAGUUCCUGAGCGAUGCUCCCAACUCCUCGCUCUUCGAUGCCCGCGACGCCUUUCAUGUCGAGCCCGCCUUCCAGCGCCCGCUGCGCCCCAACCAGGAGGUGGUCUUCUUGGUGGAGGACCCACGAGGUUCCCUGCACCGCUUAGAGCAGCGUCUUUGUGACGCACCAUGGCACUUGUGCCUGUCCUUGCCACCAUUCCCGGGCGGGGCAGAAGGCGCUCAGCGACGGCAACACCAAAUGCCUUGGAGCGCGUCGAACCUUCUCAAGGUCCUCCACCGCUACCGAUUCGACCUGGCGGCCGAGCAGUUCGCGCGGCAAGAGGAGUCCCAAGCUGCUCGGCGACGAGCCUUUCAGGCCUACUUUGCAGAUGAAGGGCAUUGCACCACGAGCCAGUGCGACUUCUUCCAGGUGCCGCGGGCUCGUGAGUUCUCGGUGGAUCGGAUGCAACGACCGGUGGUGGCCUCUUCUUUCCUUGGGGCUAUAGAGGCACCGGCUGCAUCAUCCACAGUGAGAGUGCUGACAGCUGCGCCUCCUUUGCGGAGUUCCUUCACAAUGUACCACGGCGACUUCCGGUCCGAGUUGUGCAGUGAUGGUGAGGCCAUGCGGAUCGACCCUGAGGGCAAACCAUACCUGGUGGACACCCAAGCUCGACAUGACGUCCAGCUGGACUUCGCCUUGAUGAUCGCUUUGGUGAUCUUCGUUGGAACUGCAGUGGCGGGCGUCACUUUCGGGAUGAAUCAGGCCAAGAAUCGUGAGGCCUCCGCAGGCUCAGAGGCCUUUGACGCCCCGGUAGCCGCUGUGGCCGGUGCUGGCGCUGUCGCAUCGCCUGCGGCGAAGACAAAGGCGAAGGCGAAGCCCAAGCCAAAGCCGAAGGCGCAAUCCUAG